AUGGACGAGGUGCCUCCUGAACUGCUCGCGUGGACGUUUGAGUCGUGUCUCACCGAACAGCACCUGCGCAUCCUGCCCUUCGUCUGCAGGCGGUGGCGGGACGUGUGCGCCAACGCUGCGCUGCGGCGGGCCAUGCUCCGGGGCCUCGUGUUCUCCUUCGGCGGCGGCGACAGCCACUUCGACCAGUCCGUUCUGGGUCAUCCCCGCCAGGAGGAGCCGUCGUCGCACCAGGGAGUCCGUUGGGCGGCCCCGGCCCGGAUCGGCGCCCUACGAGGCCUGCGCAUCGCUGCGGUUGCGGCAGGCGAGAACCAUUCGCUGUUCCUGACCGACGACGGCCAGGUCUACGCUUGCGGGGUGUCUCUGAACGGCAGCCAGCUCGGCUUUGCCGGGUGCCGAGAGGAGGACCUCUGCCAGAUGCACUACGUGCCGGAAAGAGUGUCCGGCUUGGACGACGUUGUGGUGGUGAAGAUCGCAGCGGGUCCCACUCACAGUCUCGUGCUCACGAGCACUGCCGCCGUGUAUUCGUUUGGCGAAAACCGGUAUGGCCACCUGGGCUUGGGCGACUACGAGAACCGCUGGACGCCCACACUGGUCGAAGCUCUCCGGGGCGAGGAGAUCGUGCAGGUGGUUGCGGGCGACACCAACAGCGCAGCGAUCACGAAGAGUGGCCAGGUCUUCAUGUGGGGCUCGUGCCGGUCCUGCAUCGACCUGCCGUCCAACGACCCCACGAAGCCCACGCUCGUGGAGGCGCUGAGCGGCACUCCAAUCGCGGCCGUGGCGCUUGGCGAGUGCCACUGCCUGUUCCUGACCACCGAUGGCCUGGUCCUCUCGUGCGGCCUCGACUUGUACCACAGCGGCCUGUUGGGUUAUGACGUGCGCGACAACCCGCGAAAGGAGCAGCGAGUCCCACGCCCAAUCCCACACUUCACCGGCGAAGUGGCGGCGGCAAUCGCGGCCGGCGAGGGACAUAGCCUGGUGCUCACCCGAGACGGCCGCCUCUUCGCCUUUGGGGACAAUCGCAGCGGUCAACUGGGCCUGGGGCGCACAUCGCCCGAGCUAAACGUCAGCAAGCCGACCGAACUGCCGAGCCCGGUCGCUGCGCUCGCGCACGUCCAGGUGGCGGGUGUAGUUGCAGCCCCGCUUCACAGCUGCGCAAUCGCCCAUGACGGCUCAGUGUACUCCUUUGGCGACGGCGAGUUCUACCAGUUGGGCCACGGUACAACCGACAGCUGGAAUGUGCCCAAGAAGAUCGAUGCCCUCGUGCCCUUCUUCAUGACAAGCAUUGCAUCCACUCGCGCACACACCCUUGCCCUCUUGUAG